AUGGCUUUUGUAUGCUGCGCCUGUGCAUGGGCUUGGGUGAGCAUCUUUCUCAAGUGGGGAGCCAUGCAAAACCAAAUUGAACAACCACACAACACGGUCAGAACGACAGACAAUGCGGGACGUGUACCCGUCGUGGCUCGGUCGGAAUGUCACCGCAGCUACGAAGUCCCAGGCGACAAUCCAAUGCUCGGCAUACAUGCCUAUACGCUCGCAUUCCGGGAGCUUUUCGUUGAGAGUUUCCACCGCCCCAAGAGAGACGCUCACUUGAGGGAAGGAAUGCCUGGCGUAUCUCCACGCCGCAAACUGGUGCUCCUCGGUGCUUCUGCAAAGUCUUACAACCCAGUACUUCGCUCAGCCCAUACGACUAUCAACCAUGAAACCACGCCGCCUGCAAUAUUUCUCCAUCAAUCCCGUGAUACCGCUGAGUGGAUUUGA